AUGCAACAAGGAGAUAAGUUCCCCCAUAAUACAGAGUUUUUAUACAUUCCUGUAAAUAAACAAGAAGAUCCUUUGAGUUGUUCUAGACCUAUCAAAUUAUCUUUCGAUAAAUUGAUCGAUCAAGGAGCUUUAUUGAUCUUAAGUAUCCCUGGAGCGUUUUCUCCAACAUGUACUGAAACUCAUUUACCUGAUAUUUUGAACAAUGUUGGCAAAUUGAAAGCCUUGGGUAUUAAGAAUGUUGUGAUUUAUGCUGUCAAUGAUGCCUUUGUCAUGAAUGCUUGGGGAAAAUUGCUUUUGAACAAGUAUAAUGUUGAUGAUUCUUUACCUAUAUUGUUUGCUUCAGAUCCAAAUUCUAAGUUUACCCAAGCUAAUGGGUUAGGGGUUGAUAAAUCUACGUUUGGAAUUGGUUUUAGAAGUGACAGGUUUGCUAUGGUAGUAAAGGAUCAUGAGAUUAAGUAUUUGAAGAGGGAUCCCACGGGGUUGGAGGGAAGUGGUAGUAAAGGGAUAUUGACAGCUAAGUUGUAG